AUGGCAAUUGGGAUAGGUGGUGGGGAUGUUUACAUAACAAGCCAGGGUGAUGAAGUUGAAGAUAUGUUUAUUUUACUUCGUGAGGUGAAAAGGCAGAUGCCUGAAGUUACUGCAGUGUCUUCUGGGGUCAUUUCAGAAGACUUUCGGAGAUUGCGGGUGGAAAGUGUUUGUUCAAGGUUAGGCCUUGUUUCUCUGGCAUACUUAUGGAAACAAGAUCAAUCAUUGCUCCUCCAAGAAAUGAUUGCAAAUGGAAUUUUGGCUGUGAUUGUAAAGGUAUGCUCCUUUGGUUUGGUGCCUGGAAAGCACUUGGGUAAAGAAAUAGCAUCCUUAAAUGCUUAUUUGAACAAAUUAACAGGGUUACGUAGAUUUAAUGUUUGUGGUGAAAGAGGAGAAUAUGAAACGUUAACUCUUGAUUGCCCCCUAUUCAUUAAUGCUCGAAUUGUGCUCGAUGAAUAUCAAAUUGUGAGGGACAUUGAACAUCCCUUUUUUCCUGUUGGAAAACUUGAUUCUUUCAAAUUUCAUUUGGAAAAGAAGGUAGAUGUUCAAUCUUUAACAUCACCAGACAACAUAAGUGAAACUUCAGUUCAGAAACUGGGAACUGUGUUUGAAGUGGAAGACACUUUAGAAAGAUGUGAAGACACAUUUAAGCCGUUGGAAUGCAGUGCUGACCCAAUUGAUGACUUAGCACAUAAAUUUAACAUCUCAAGAACAAAUAACAAGAGAACACUCUCCUUAAGUUGCUCGUUACAAGAUUCAUGCAAUGAUUUGCGGGAAGAUUUGAAGACUGUUUUGGCAAAAAUUGAAUCACUAUUAGCUGGCUCUGGCUUUGGAUGGGAGAAUGUUGUCUAUAUUCACCUUUACAUAGAUGACAUGAGUAAGUUCUCAGAGGCAAAUGAGACAUAUGUGAAAUUUAUAACCCCGGAGAGGUGUCCAUUUGGUGUCCCAUCAUGUAGCACAGUUGAAAUGCCUCUAGUAGAGAUGAAUUUCAGCAAAGCAUAUAUGGAAGUUCUUGUGUCAAAUAAUAAAGCUAAAAAGGUUUUGCAUGUACAGAGUAUUUCCUCUUGGGCACCUAGUUGCAUUGGGCCAUACAGUCAGGCAACCUUACAUGAUAAUAUACUCUAUAUGGCUGGUCAGUUGGGAAUUGAUCCUCCGACAAUGAAUCUUUGCAGUGGAGGUGCUAGUGCUGAACUGGAACUGGCUCUCAAAAACUGUGAAGCUGUGGCAAAAUGCUUUAAUUGUUCAAUAUCCACAUCAGCAAUUAUGUUUGUUGUUUACUGUUCGAAACGUGUCUCAUCAUCCGAGAGACAUGAUAUGCAGGAGAAACUAGAAACAAUCCUUAGGCAGAUGAGGAUCUUUCAGUUACAGGAACAAAACACCUGCAAAGCAUUAGAUCCCGUAGUUCUUUAUGUCCUUGUUCCUGAUCUACCUAAAAGUGCAUGUGUAGAAAUAAAGCCUGUUCUUUAUGUUGACGAUGGCAAGAAGAUAGCAACUGAGACCAUAACAAAAAGUUCUGGUUCUGAAGCACCCCACUACUGGGGUUUCAAGCAGGAAAAUUGGCAUGAUUCUUGUAUUCGGAAACUUGUGGUUCCAGGAAAGAUUUGUGCUGUUACAUUAUCUAUUACAAGUGAGGAUGCUGCAAAGAUAUGUUUCAAUUCUGUGUCUGCUGAUUCUGUCAAUGAUGAUCAAUAUCUUCAACAUAAGUCGCUCAUGGAGAAGUCAUCAAGAUUCUGCUUCUAUCUUCUAGACAAAGUCAUGACCGAUGACGGUUUUGGCUGGGAAGAUAUAAUGAGUUUGAGGAUCUAUAUCCCUGCAAGCCUUCAAAUGUCGAUAGAUAUACUGCUGCCUAUGUUCAACAAGGCUCUAUUGGAACUUUCUGAAGCGAGCCAGAAGAAAGUUUUAAAUGGCGAGGAGCCAAUCUUCAACAUAGUUCCUGUCAUGGGUGCUGGUAGGUCUGCUUCAUCCGUGUCCAAUAUAAUAACCUGCGAAUUACUCGCCCAGAAAUCUGAUGGAGAUUCUGAAAAACACAACAGGGGGGAUUUUGGAGUGCGUCCAGAAAUAUCAGAAAUAUCAAGCAAUGAUUAAUUGAUUAUUCUAAUUAGACAGUUGAAUAUUUGAUUUAAGAAGUAUUCAAUAUUAAAAAAGAGAAUAUAAUAAAAAGUAAGUACUUAGGA